AUGUCGGAUUGGGACAAUUUCUCACCAGUGGCGAUGACGGGGGAAUCACGCGACGGAGCAGCACCGGUGGCGGAUGUUGAUUGGCUCGCGGGCGGCGUUGACAUCUUCAGCGGCGGGGCGAACGCUCUUCUCGUCAACCCGCGCGAUGUGCGGCGGGCGGAGACGGCGCCGUCGGUCCUCACGAUGUUCUCCGCCGACGGCACCCUCUGCGUGGGCGGCAGUCUCGAGGAGGAGGUCCCCCCGGAGGAGGAGUACCGCUACACGGAGGAGUACCACAAUCUCUACUACUCCAAGUUCCCACGAGACCCACGCAUGCUCGUCCCACUCCGAAGCCGCGCAGGGCAGAAGCGAAGUGUAGAGACAAGCCUUCCCGGUCGUGGUAUCACCACAGCAAACAAGACAUCAUAUGAAAACGCAGAAGGAGUUACAAACACAGCAGCCACCACUAUCACCAACAGCGGCAACACUAACACAAAAACCAAUGCUUCUACUUCCACUGUCACUCCUGUACUGACAACAAACUAUGUUAAUAAUGAAACACUCAAGGAUGCGGGGGAAAAUGGUGUGGCCUUUGCCCAAAGUGUCCUGGAAUCAUUGGCUAAAAAUCAACAAAAACAAGGUGAAAAUAGAACACCACCUUCUUCAAGCAUUGAUACCUGUCAAGUCUCUUCUAAUCUCCCUGCAGAAAAUAUUUCAAGCAACGCAACCCCAAUGGGAAGUUUUCUUCAAGAUCAAAUGGAUAAGAAAACACGUAGCGGUGGUGGUUCUUCUUAUCAGGAUGAUUCUACAAUUCAUGUGGGAAGACAAAAUGGAACUCCCUCAUCUCGGGUACCUCGUGGUGGGACACGCUCUUUUCAGAAUGGAAGUGCUAAAAAUAGUACACGCAGACAAGGAAAUGGGAGUGAUGGAAAUAAUAACAGAUCUUUAAAGGAUGAGUUCCCAUGGUUACGAGAAUACCUUGAUGGUGGACGCACAGAUUUCUCCUUUGAUGAUAUAAAAGGUCAUGUUGUUACUUUGAGUAAAGAUCAAGAUGGAAGUCGAUUUAUUCAACGUCUCCUUGAAGAUGAUAGAAAUGUUGAACCAAUCUUUAAUGAGGUUCUUCACAGUACCUGUGAGUUAAUGGUUGACGUUUUUGGAAAUUAUGUUUUACAAAAACUUUUGGAUGUGCUACCGGUAGAUAGUGACAUGUCCAAACAACUUAUGGCAAAUGUGACUGGGCGCUUAAAAGAGUUUUCUUUCCAAAUGUAUGGUUGUCGUGUCAUUCAACGAUUUCUGGAAAGAGGUUCACAACAAACACGUGAAGAGAUACUGCAUGAGUUGAGGGAUUCCCUCGUAGAUUGUGUUUUUGAUCAAAAUGCUAAUCAUGUGGCGCAAAAGAUUAUAGAAGUAAUGCCAGAUAAAGCACAAUUUGUAACCGAAGAUUUUUUACCACGCCUUCAAUCACUCUCAAGGCAUCCUUACGGAUGCCGUGUAUUGCAGUGUGUAUUUGAGAAAUGUUCAUCUGCUACUGAAGUGGAUAUUCGCCCUCUUCUGGAGGCGGUACUUGAGCACUUGCAUGAAUAUGUAAUGGAUCAAUAUGGUAACUAUGUGGUUCAACAUGGUUUACUAAAUGCCCCUGAAGAUCUUCGAAAACGAUUUGUUGAUCUUUUAAUUCCUCAUGUAUAUGCAUUGUCAUGUAGCAAAUUUGCGUCUAAUGUAGCCGAAAAAACUAUUGUAAAGGCAAAUAAUGAGGAAUUACAACGUAUUGUGGAGACACUUACUCGACCACUGGGUAGUACAGAGGAUGGAAACUAUCUUGUACUGAUGAUGCAAGACCCAUAUGCUAACUAUGUUGUACAACGUCUUCUUCAGCAAAUAAACAAGGAUCAACAACGUCAUAUUGCUGAGCAAACCAAACCGCAUAUUAUGAACAUACGUCGUUCGGUGUACGGUCAACACCUUGUUCAAAAAAUGGAAAGUAUGGGUAUGUUCACAUUUGGAGAGGGUGAGUUAUACAACAUUCCCGUCUAUCGUGAAUACAAUACAGUUAACCGUGGAGGAGGAAAGAAAAAUCGCGGUAUGAUGGGAGGUCGUGGUGGCGUCCACAGCCGUUCUUCACCGCAGAAUAAUUACCUUGCGGCGGCAGAACGUCCACCGGUAACUGGAAAUCCAUAUCAACAGGCUCCGGUUUCAAUUUCGGUGGCCGGUCGAGCCGCACUGCCUUUGUCCUCAGCGCCGGGGUACAGUUACAGAUAUAUGGAUUCUCCAUCAGACGUCGUGUUGUCACCACUGCAGCAACAAGAUCAGACACAUCAACAGCAACAGCAGCAACCACCACCACCACAGCAACAACAAGUAAUACCGGGGCCCAGCUUGACCGUCGGUGGUCAACCUUGCUAUCCUACAAUGAUGCCACAACAACAACGACAACCAUAUGCGUUCCAGGGACAGUAUAGUCCCUACACGGCGGUUGAUACCACUGCACAACAACAACAGCAGCAACAACAACAACAACAACCAUUGCAAAUGAAUAAAACAAACGAAGUUUAUACAACUAACACCAUUUAUGCUAACGGCAAUGGUUUUAUGAAUCAUGUACAAGGUGAUGGUUGGACACAGUCCUAUCCCGCCUUUUCUACUCCAAUGCAGCAACCUAUGUUAUACAAUGGCAACAGCCCUAAUGUAUAUCCUGCUGUGAAUACAGGAACACUACAUGGUCGAUACAAUCCUGUUGGUGCACCACCUCCACUACCGAUGCAGUAG